UAUUUAAAGCUAUGUAUGCCAGAAGAGAUAGCAUUGUUAGAAGUGACGAAAGAUCGGUUAAUAACAUAAAAUCAAUCUUAGAUUUAAAACCAAGAAAUAAACAAAUUAUAAACUAUUGCAAAAGUCUUAUUAAUGUUAGGAUAUUUGGACAAAAUGAAACUGACAAUCCAUCUGAAAACAGCUCACAAGAAAAUGAACUUACUUUAUCGUAUUUUAUACAAUCAGCGGAUGCUUUCUUACGAUCUUUCGGAAACAACAUGGAAAUCACUGGACACGAAGAAGAAUUCAUUUACUACAUGCAAGGUUUAUUAGAAUUAAGAGGACUGAAAAAUCCGCAACGAUUUGUAACCGAUGUUAAAAAAUUCUUAGAAAUAUACAAAAAGAGAGGAUGUCCAUCUGAUCGUUUAAACCAUUUAGAUUACUGGGGAUCUCGGCAACAGCUUCUUGCAGGAAAAGUAAUAUCUGACUUUGUUGGUGAAGAUUAUGGACCUCUUGACCCAGUAUUUGGAGUUCUGUUGUGCCCAGUUGCAGGAAGAGUGGGUCCUGGUGAUAGUGGUAUUGUUCACGAACUACUUUUUGACGAUGAUGGACCUAUGGCUUAUCAUUCUGCCGUACAUGACGCUUUUGGAUAUUUGAUUUCAUAUCAUAAAAUUGGUCCGGGUUACAACUAUACUUGCGCAGGAGCUAUUCUAGAAAGCUCUUCCUGUGUGUCAGGUCAAUUUUCGGGGUUAAACUUUUGGAGAGACGUCUUAAAAAAAGAAAAGGAAAAAAUAAUUGAAGUCAUACUGUGAUAAUGUAUAAAUAGUUAAGUUUACAAGCAUAAAUGGUUUAAGUUAGA